AUGGACGUACCAACAACUAGCCUCAACGUGCUCAACGUGGGCUUGCAUGGGGGCCAACUCCUCGAAAAGAUAUCUCCUGUUGACUCUAGAAAAAGUGAUGGCGUCUUCAAAAUUAACUUCCACCGCCACGCUUUCCAGACCGUGGCCUCUCAGAACGGAUUCAUCUGGGCUGCGGCAGAAAUCUACGACAGGAACACUGGACUCAACAUUCGGGUGGAUAAUAUCUGGCUUGCUAUUCUUGCACAGCUGAAACCCUAUAUCUACCGAGCCGUUCGCCCUCAGGCAAAACAAGAUAUCCUGACCUUUACUCGAGCAGAGCUCAAUAACCCAGACCUGGUGGCGAAGCGCUUGUCCGAUAUGGUCGAAGCAAGAAUUGGACCUCAAGUCACGAAUGUUCUUAUGCCCCACUUCAGCACCACCACGCAUACGGAUUCCGGGGCGGCCGCUCUCAUACUACUCGGCACACAUUGCAAAGCUCAGCACCAUCGGAUAUUCAUGAAACCUAAGGAAACUUACGAUCGCAAGACUAUGGUGGUCGUAGGAGAUACGGCGGACUGGGAAAAACUGCGUCAAAGCUUCGCGACAAUUAGAACCUGGUCCCCGGAUUUGGAGGCCAUGGUAUCCCGUCAUUCAAGCUUACUGGACAAAAUGCUAGGAGCUGGUUAUCAAUUCGACCAUCCGGUCCCUCAAAUUGCAGCUCAUCAUCGGGACUCUAGACCAUAG